AUGAAUUCAGCUAAUUAGCAAAAUAAAUCUGACGACACUCCAAAAAUCCAAAACGUAGUCGCAACCAUCAAGAUGAUUCGUCAAGAUGGCAACAGCAGCAAGCAAAAAUAGACUUUUGAUCUUUAGGAGAUUGCGCAAAAGUGUCGUAAUACUUAGUACAAUCCAAAAAGAUUUCCUGCUGUAUUCAUGCGUAUUAAAGAUCCCAAAGCAACUGGUUUAAUUUAUUCUUCUGGAAAUAUGACAAUCGUUGGAACAAGAAGUACAAAUGAAAGUCAAACUGCCGCAGAGAGAAUUUUCGGUAUCAUCAAAAAACAGCUCAAUGUGGACUGUAGAUUUGAGAAUAAAGAAGUCCAAGUUAGAAAUAUAGUCGCCUCAUGUAAACUAGGAUACCCUGUGUGUCUAGAUAAAAUACAUGAUGAUAAAGAUCAUAAGCAAUUCUCAACUUAUGAUGAUACAUUCCCCGGUUUAAUUUAUCGCUAUAUGCUUAAUCCUGGUGAGUAAAAGAAAAAAAAUAACAUUAUUGCGUUAGUUUUCGCAUCUGGUAAAAUGGUUUUCACAGGUGCAAAAAGCUAAGAAGAUAUUUAGUAAGCAUACGAUAAAAUCAAACCAGAAUUUGUUGCCUUUAUGAAGAAAGAACCACCAUCCAGCAACGCCCAAAAUGGUGGUUAAUUAGGACAAAAUAUGGUGCAAAAUUGA